AUGUGCUCUGAGACUAUCACCGUCGCCCAGUGCGCUCCUAAGGUGUCGCCUGUUCUUGCCUUCUAUUGCGCGAAGCUUCACCUCGUUGCAAAGGAGCGUAUCGUCUGUGAAGCUGCCAAGGGAAAAUGCAUUUGCUUCUUCGGCUCUUGUGGCGCUAUCGACCGUGAGAUUCCAACCAAGGGAAUCAAUCUCAGCGAUGUUGUCAAGGCACGCUGUGCUGAGUGUACUCCCCGGGAGCACCGAGUUGGCAACGGCAUCCCGGCGCAGCAGAUCCUGGAGUCUGUUCUUCUUCGCUCUGCCGACGCCCAGAAUGGCUGGGAGGAGCGAUCCAAACUCGUUUCUGAGCUUUGGAUCAAUAAAACUGCUUGCCCCUAUCACGUCGACACCUCCGCCGAGCCUGCUACUCCUGUCGCCGAGGUCAUCAACAUCACCGAACACAUUCAUCUCGACACCGAAGUCGGUCACACUGGUACUGGUUUGAGCGCUGAGUCUGUUGUACCUACCGAUCUUGCUUCUGAGUCUCCUGAGCUUAAGCCAGGCUUCGAAGCUGCUGUCCAAAAGGACUUUGGUGACUUCUCCAGCUCCGACAAUGCUGAUAUGAAGGAUGCCUCUUCAUCUCUGGUCGGGCCUGUUUUCACCGACUCCUUUGUUGCUGAGCCCGCUUCUUCUCUCGUUGAUGAGUGGACCACCAACGCUGACACCGCUGGCAACGCUGAUGAAUGGACCACCAACACUGCUCCCGGUGGUGGACAUGGUGACAAUACCGAGAACCAUAGUUCCGACUCUGGAGUCAAAGACAUCCUGGACCCUGAGGAGGUUGGCAUUUCCACCAGCCGCUGGGCCCCAGGCAAUUCUCCCACUAACUCCACAAAGCCAACCAAGCCAGCUGUUGACUUCAAGGAGAAUGAGAGUGGAGAGGAGCGGGAGAAGGUGCAGACUCCUGUUGUCGCUGUUUCCCGACGUGCGGUCAACUUCUCCUACAAUCCAGACAAUGCUGAGAAGCUUCUUGAGACCGCCGAGAUGUUUGCCAACGUGAAGAAGGCCUUCCUCAUGGGCAAGGCUUAA